GGGUAUGCACGUGACUUUACAGUAGGUGUGGCUUAUUACAUCUUUGCAUACUUGUUCAUCUCUCCUCCAUUCGAGCCUCCAUUUUUGCUGAGAUUCUUCUCCUAGAAAGCCUAGUUGUCUUAGGUCAGGAGGCAGAAAAUGGCUGUGAACUUAAAAGACAUCAAGUCACACAUGAAAGGGUAUCCGUUAAUGGAUCCUGCUGCUAGGGAUGUACAAGCAUCUCUGCAGCAUUACAAAGAUCUUAAAAUAGGAAGUGAAAAUUAUAUUCACCAUGAUGGACGUAAGGAGUUGUUAUUCAGAUUAAAAGGGACCAUUCCUGUUUCUUUUAGAGGCAGUACUUAUAAUAUUCCUAUUAUUAUUUGGGUUCAAAGGACACACCCAAAAAUCAAUCCAAUAGUUUUUGUCACGCCCACUCCAGAGAUGAGUAUUAAUCCGUCUCGUUUUGUUGAUCACAGUGGGCGUGUUUACCUACCAUAUAUAUCUGAAUGGAAGCAGGGUAAAAGCGAUUUAACUGCAUUACUUCAAAUAUUAUGUGUCACGUUUGCUGAAAAUAUUCCAGUCUACAGUCGUCAACAGGCUGCUGCUGGCUACAAUCCACCCGGCUCUUACCGCCCACCAUCAGCAGGGGGUGGAGCUUACAGACCACCACACCCACCACAACCUCAACCAGGAUAUAAUCCCUAUCCUCAAGCACAGCACCCACCCUAUCCACAACCAGGUGGUCAGCCAGGGUAUCCAGGACCAACCCCUUACCCUGUACAGGCCUCAAUGCCAACCCCUGGUGGAUACCAACCGCAACCAGCUCCUUAUCCAACCGGAGGAUAUAAUCAACCUCCUUAUCCCUCACCACAGGGUCACCCUGGAGGAGGGUAUCCUCCCGGCCCAAGUGGGUACAUCCCUCCUUAUCCUCAGCCUGGUGGUGUUGUUAAUGCUCAGCCUCAGAUGUCAGCGGAGGAGGAGAGGAGAAAGAAAGAGGAAGAAGAAAGAGAGAGAGCCAAAGAGAAUAGGAUCAGUCUGGAGAGUGCUGUUGAGGACAAGAUAAAGAGACAACUCCAGAAUAUCAUGGAACGUGCUGAGGACGAGAUGAAGGCAUUGAAUGACACACAGAAAAAAUUGAAAGAUAAUAAUGAGAAACUGACUAAAAUGUUAAGGGAAAUGGAGACAAAACAAAAUGAGGUUAAUUCUAGUAUCGAUACACUAAGACAGAAAACUGCUGAGGUUGAUAGCAUAAUAGAAUAUCUUGAAAGUCAACCAGACGAAUUUAAUAUUGACGAAGCUGUAGUUGCUACAAACCCAGUCCACAAUCAAAUAUUGAGACUGUAUGCCGAAGAGAAUGCUAUUGAUGAUACUAUCUAUUACUUAGGAGAAGCUUUAAGGAGAGGAGUCAUCACUUCAGAAGCAUUCUUAAAGCAUGUUAGAGAUUUAUCCAGAAGACAGUUUAUGGCCAGGGCUACAAUUAUAAAGGCCAGAGAAGCUUCAAAACUCCCACCACAUGGGAUACCAGGAUGAACUAGUCUAAUACAAUAAUAUACCAUCAUAUCAUAAUGAGAGAAUGUUUUACUAAUAAUUUAUUAUAUGCAUAUAGUUACUAUUGUCAUUGUAUUAUACAUUAUGAUGUUUGUGACUUAAUUUUCAGUACAUAAUUGUUUUUAGUUGUGCUUUCAGAAACUAUUGCAUGUAUUUUUGAAUAAUUAUUUGUUGUUAUUAUUAUCAUCAUUAUUAUUAUUACUUUUGUUCUCUGUUUCUGCACCUGUAUUGAUCUAUUCAAAUUAUUAUUGAAAGAUUAUUUAUGAUA